GAUUUCGAACGCCUCUGUGCUGUAUUUGUUGCUUAAAGUGGCCUAUCGUUCCGCAAGCAGCUAUAAAGAGUCUUGCGCGCCCAGGUACAGACCACCUAGCUGUGAAGGUUGUUGGACGAGGGGGUGACAACGAGCAACUUGUUGUGGGACGAACAAACGCGUCGGGAAAACCCGAACAUACAAGGUGAGCAAGUCCAGGCAAGUCCGAGUCUCAGUUAGUUUGCCGGCUUCAUAGUCAAGCUCCGGGCUUACACGUUUGGGAGUGGGAUAGGUGUUUGAGAAAAGUUCCGCCUCGCACGGUCGAACCAGUAAGCAACUAAAGCACGAGAGUCCCAACGAAGUUGCCAACUUCCCUCUUAUGCUGACUGGCUGACUUGCAUCCUAGCGUUUGCUCAUUUCCUUUCAGCGAACGCCUUCGAGAAUCGACGAUAGCUCUCGCGUAUCCAUCGGUCUCGGUUAUAACAAUACUAGUCCGAGAAACCGGGAUUUAUUUCGGUUCUGGCGUCGAGGAUGCCGAAGGAUGGAAGGAGCAACCUUGAGAGGUCUUCUGAAUCCUCCGUUCAUCGAAGACAAACACUAUUCUUCAAGGCUGCAAAUCUCGGGCGAUCUCCCCGUUUCCGCUCUUAUCGUAAUGUGAUUUGAAUGUCCCCGACUCCCUCGACUCGGAAUCCGAAGAUAGCGCAAUGUGUGUUUGCACAGAACCGAAGAGUGACAAACGAAGUCCAAAGUGUGAAUUUACGACGAUCAGGUGGUUGUGCGUGGGGCGAUCCUCAAAUGUCUCACUGAUUACUGGGUAAGUACUGUCGCAGCCCAGUAACUUCGAGAAAUCGAAGCCUUGUAUCUCCGGCAACAAUAUCCCACCUUCGAUGAUUGGCCAGCUUUGUCCAGCCCCUUAGUUGGGCGUAUUGGUAAACUCCGGUUGACGUUGCCCAGAAGUUUAAAUACAGCCCAAAGUGCCUUCGUGCUAUGACACUAAACCAUCAUGGGCCAAUUACUAUCACGUUCAACACAGUCAACUGCUCAGAUUCCUAUCCUCAUCCUUGGAGCAACAGGGUACAUUGGCGGGUCUGUCCUAUCGCGCCUUCUUGCUCAUCCCGACGUGGAACGUUUCGAGAUCACUGCCCUCGUUCGUUCAGCGGAGAAGGCUGAACGUUUGCGCGAGCUUGGAGUUAAGACUGUUAUUGGGUCCACGGAUGAUGCGGAGAAGCUGGAGACCCUUGCUUCUCAAGCCCACAUCGUGUUCUCUAUGGUCGACGCUGAUGACCUUGCAGCAAUCCAGACAAUUCUGCGAGGUUUGAAGAAGAGACAUGAUACCAGCAGCGACAUUCCCAUCCUAAUACACACCUCUGGCGCCGCCGUUCUGGGCGACCAAGCUAAAGGUCUGCAUGACAGCGACGUCAUAUACGACGACACAAAUUUCGAGCAAAUUGAGGCACUGCCCCCCAGUCAACCGCACCACGACGUUGAUAUUGCAAUUGUUGAGGCAGACAAACAAGGAUACUUGAAGUCUUAUAUCGUGGUCCCCAGUCUAGUACAUGGAAUUGCAUCUGGGCCUUUGGUCGAUAUCGGGAUUCAGAAUCCGUUCUCCAUGCAAAUUCCAGGGUUCAUUCUGGCUGGUCUUGAUAGAGGUCAAGUAGGUAUGGUCGGGGAAGGCCGUGCGAUAUGGUCGAAUGUUCAUAUCGACGAUGUCGCGAAUCUUUUCUUGGUUCUCUUCGAUACUAUACUAUCGAACCCCGAGAAAGUCGGACAUGGAUCCGAGGGCUACUUCUUUGCGGAGAAUGGAGAACAUACGUGGUAUGACCUCUCCAAGGCGAUAGGCGAGGCUCUUGUACAAGCUGGACUAUCUAAGGAUUCGGAACCUACGUCGUUAACUGACGACGAGCUAAUCAAGUACACUGGCUCAGUGGAGAGAGGCGAGCAAAUGGGAACCAAUGCGAGAUGUCGCGCGAAUAAAGCAAGAGCACUUGGGUGGAACCCAACGAAGACGAGUCAGGAUAUGUUCGAUGGCUUGAACCUGCAAGUCGACGCAUUAGUCAAGGCUAUGCAGGCUAAACAGCAGAAGGCUUCUACGUCGCUUCAUCAUAUACCCGAAAUCGACUAGAUGUUCUGUUGUAUAAUACAUAUGUGGGUACGUAAUGACUUUAUGGGGAAUCCAUUUGUUCAUCGUUCGACUGUGGCGCAACUGCGACGAUCUCUUCAACGUUUCAAUACAGCGGCGUUGACAGCGUUCGCGGCGAAUCGAAAGGUUCUAAUUUCAACUUGUAUGACAAAUACAUGAGGAAGGUUAUUAUAGGCGAAACAUCGACACAUGCGGCAUCAAAGUUCCAGAUUUUGGUCACUGUCGUACGUCAAACCUCUCACAUCACCAAGGUGUUAGGUCUGAAAUAGCGAUCCGACGGGGAAUGUCAACAAACUUUUUUUAGAUGUUGUUCUCACUUGGCGUCGGCCAGAAAAUGUGUUGCGUUUACUAGGCUAAUAUCUAAGGAAAAGUAAUAGGUAUGCGGUAAACAGUCUUGUACCAAUCGAAACGACGGACGGUUUCAUCUGGCAACGACGGCAGCGGUACCGUUAAGAUAUACAGUACUUAUUCUAGUGCAGCUUGUGCUUAUGCUUCGAUCAAUAGUCACUGUCAUAAUAGGGAGAAGUACAAUGUCUAUGAUACCUUGACCCGUAACCGUCCAAACUGCGAGAGCGAGGAUAGUGAUGCCGAUGAUGAU